UUUUAGUUUUAGACGUAGAACAGAUCAUAAUUUUUGUGGAAUUUUUUGUUAAUAUAAUAUAUGUGUAAAUGCUAUAAUCGACGUAGUAAGGAAUAGUACUGGAUAUAAGAUUCAUCAAAUAUACUAAUUUAUUUUAAAAUAAUUUGUUGAAGAGGUGUAAGCAACAUUUUCAACAAGAAAAAUGUAUGGAGGCCUAGAAAGCCACAGAUCGACACCAGCUUGGUCAAAUCAAGCCCCACCUGGAAGUAUCAUGGACAAUGACAACAUGAGACCUACAUCUGCUAUGAGCACAAAAUCGGUUAGAGACAGAAAACUCGAAGAACAAAAAAAUAGAGAAGAACAUCAUCAGAGACGAAGAAAGCAGGAACAGAUGAUGAUGAAGCCUACAGGCCAACCAAGAUUAGGUUCUGCUGGACGAUCACGACCUUCUACUGCCAAUCGACUUCGAGAGGAAAAAAAGAAUAUUGAUAGUUUUAAUACAAAUAAUAAAUUUAAUCAUGGUAAAAAUGGCUAUGACAAUCUUGCCAUCGAAUCUGAUGAUGAAAACCAACCAAAUAUCAUAACAGUGAAAACAAGUAACAACCCCAUCGUAGCUUCAGAUACCCAUCGAAAGAAGAAAACUCCAUCAAUUCAAGACAUUGAAACACCCUCACCUGUUUUGCUUUCUGGAAGGCGGACAGACACACAGAGAAAAAUGGAAGAAGCAGGUUUAAAAUCGAUGCAAGAUUUUCAAGAAUUAGAUGAUGAUGAUGAUGAUGAUUCAGAUGAAACUGAUGAUGGAUUCAAAAUCGGGCCAAGACCUGAGACAGCAUUAUCUAAGAGGCCAAACUCAUCCAGUGGAAGCAAGACAGAUAUCAAGAAACAAAUAACGAAUGAUACCAUGUUACCGAGCAAAGAAAACUCGGAUAAAACAGAGAAAGCGUUUGCCUUGCUAGAUUUAGAAGAACCAGAAUCAAGUUUCACAGAUGCAAAAUUGCCAUCAGCAGUCAUCAAACAUAAAAAUGAUUUUAAAAUACUACCUAAAAAACUGAAUAAGCCAAAUUAUGAGAUUCCAAUAGCAGUUCCACUUCAGGACAACAGUGUAGAUAACACAUCAGAAGGUUGGACGUCAGGUGCAUGUUGCAGCUCAGAAAUUGACAAUAACAGAGUAGAUGAAAGUACAGAAGUUGAAGUAAUCAGGAAUGAUGAGGGAAGAUCGACUCCAGAAAUGAUUCUGGAAGCAGCUAUUCCAGCACCAAGAAAAGUGAGCUCAUCAAAUAAAGAAAGUCGAAUCAGUCAAGAUGAACCUGUUUUUAUACCUGAAAGAGAAAAACGAUGUAGAGUUUAUCAAAUAAUUGCAGAACUGAGACAUGUUUUAGUGAGAAUGCAACGAAGAAUUUUAGCAGUUCAUAAUGCUGGCCCCACUACACCAUCGUAUAUCGACAAGAGUGAGGAAGUCACAAAUCCUUUAUUGGACGCAGAGGCUUGUAGAAGUCUUGUGAGAGACAAUGAAGAGGAUUGGUGUUUGGUGACCUCCCUCUGUGGCGAGUUGCAUGGGUUCGUUACACUCAACAAGAGUGCCGCAUUCUUCUAUAGAGAUGACAAAACUAAGUUUCCUAUAAAAAAUGAUCAUGCGGUUGUAACAGCAUCGCGAGCUGUUAGGGCCAUUUUAAAUUCUGAUGAUUCAUUGACCAAAGUAAUUGAAACUUUGGAAGAUUUAUGGAUGGAAUUUAAAUAUACGGGUGAAAAAGCUUUUAUCAGUGCAGAAAAUUUUGAAACGUUAGCAUCAUAUGAUCAAGCAAUAGCACUAGACAGGAGUGAAAGAGAAUUACAUGAGAAUUUUUCAAAGAAGAUGAGUGAGGUACAUAGAAAGUUUUUCACUGAUAAGAGGCCAGUGGGAGAAGUGAAGAAGAUAACUCAUAGAUCAGGCAGAGUUUCCACAAUGCAUCCCCCUGCUAUUAAGAGUUUGGAUGAAAGGCCUGGAAGUAGUGGAGGAAGAUUUGCUCCUCCUGGCAUGGAUCUGGAAGAUUUAGAAGGAUUUGCACAUACUCCUGCACCUCAAGGCUACACUGUGAAAUGUCGAAUUACUCGUGACAAGCGUGGGGUUGAUAAACAUGCUUAUCCGACUUAUUAUCUUCACUAUGAAAGAGAUGAUGGUAGAAAGGUAUUUUUACUCGCUGGAAGGAAACGAAAAAGAAGCAAAACGUCAAAUUAUUUGAUAUCCAUUGAUGCAACAGACCUUUCAAGAGGAGGAGAAUCGUAUAUAGGCAAAUUACGUUCUAAUGUAAUGGGAACGAAAUUCACAAUAUACGACCAUGGAAUAAAAUUCGGAAAGCCUGGAGUGGCUCCAGAUCGAAGUAAUUUAAGAGAAGAGCUUGUUUCUGUCUGUUAUGAAACUAAUGUUCUGGGAUUCAAGGGACCUCGUAAAAUGACUGUCAUCAUUCCUGGUAUGAAUAAUAAUCACCAACGAGUACAAUUCAAACCUAUGGAUGACAGAGAAACUAUAUUGUCUCGAUGGCAAAAUAAAAACAUGGAUAAUCUGAUUGAACUGAGCAAUAAAACACCUGUAUGGAACGAAGAAACACAAUCUUAUGUUCUCAACUUUCGUGGACGAGUGACACAGGCUUCAGUCAAAAAUUUCCAAAUUGUGCACCAGAGUGAUCCUGACUACAUUGUGAUGCAAUUUGGCCGUGUAGCAGAAGAUGUCUUCACACUCGAUUACAAUUACCCAAUGUGUGCACUGCAGGCUUUUGCUAUAGCACUUUCGAGUUUUGAUGGAAAAUUGGCCUGCGAAUAAAAGUUGACUAUAUCAAACUCCAUGGUGGAAUUAAAUUAAACAUUAAUAUUUUAAAGAUCAUAUUUGGCCAAACUCAAAUAUGAAAGUGUUACUACAUACAUAAUUACUGAUAAUCAUUUGUCUGACCAAGGAAAAAGCUAGGAAGGUUUGAUUCAUUGACAUUGCCAGGCGCAAUGAGCAUUGCCAAAUAGCCUCAUGUUACAUCUUUUUCCGUUGGGCAGGCACAUUGCACUGAUAAUAAAAAGCCAAGCGAAUAUCUUUUUUGUUUAUAGAUAUAUAUAUAUAAAUGUGUGUAUACUUAUUCCUUUUAUCAAUUGAUGCAACUUUCAUAUUAGAAUUUUAAUGUUUAAUUAUAUUUUUGCGUCAUUAAAGCAUGGAAUUUUCUUCAACAAAUUGAUUUGGUACCAAUCCCCAUAUCGAUAUAUUCUAUACAUCAAUCUAAAAUUUAUCAUCGUACUAUCCAUAAGUCGGUAUCAUAUUUUCUAUUGCGAAUUUUUUUUUAUCAAAGUGUAAAGUAAAAUCACAGUCUUUUAUUGGCGAUAAAAAUUGUAAAUUAGAGAAGUAAAGCUUUUAGAAUAUUGUGCAUUUGAUUUGAUUUCUACGUAAAGGACAACAUAUUUGAUACAUACUUUUCCCUUCAUAUUUGGAAUCAUGAAAAAAUUUGCAGUCACUAGUGAAGCCAACUAUAGGCAAACUAAGCAAAACAAAAAUUUAGAAUGAAAUAAAUUUCUACAAACCGUAAUACUAAAAAUCAAAACUUAAAAUCAGGAAAAAAACUUAUACUUAUGGUCGACAGAUCAUUCAAACUCUCUUAUCUGUGGUCACAUAUGAUGAUAAAUUUUUGAUUGCAUCUAUAGAAAAGCAUCCCUAGAGUUCAACUUAUUUUUGAGAAGUUUUAUUCAUCUUGUCCAGUAACCAGAAAACACUCCUUACACUUGUGUUAGAGCAUAUUAGCUGGAUUACGCAAUGACAUAAUCCAUCUAGAUCAGCUUUUUUAUUAGGUGUCUAUUCAUGCCAAACUAUGAUUGCACAGGACAGCUCAUUAUUUGCAACAUGAGAACCAGCCUUUGUAAUUGCUGCAUCCUUUUGAUCAAAGUGUGUUAGACUGAAAUUUUUUCUGACAAAUGAUUUAUAUUAAGUUUAUAUAUUUCUGCUAUUUGUCCAAUCUUUGGAUAAAACGAAUACAGUACAUGUUUCUUCUUUCUAUUGACCUAUUUUUGUCACUUAACAGUUUUAUUUACAACUCUUCUUUAUCUUGGCCCUUCAUUAUUGUACAAUGUUCAAUGUAUGUUGUAGUACUUAGCUGGACUUGUUAUAUUAUGGUAUGUGCGGUACAUUCAGGGUCAAGUUGGCCAAGUACAGUAUUUUCUUCAUUACUUUGUACGAAUUAGCGAGUGCUAUACUGAAUUGCUAACAUGGUUUUAAAUAAACUGAUCUAUACAUCCUAGAAAAUCAUUGAAAUGCUCAAAAAUGGUCUGCAUGUAUUUAUUAGUUCAUCGAAUGAAGUAUAAAAUAUUUUCCUUGGUUGACUUUCACUGACCAAUAAAGUUUCCAUCAAUAUAUGCCAUGUCUUAUUUUGCAAAGUAUAACAGAGCGAGUCGAAUCAUUUGAUUCAUUCCAUACAAGAGCAUUGGUAUCUGUCCAAGAGUUCAAAUUGAUUUCAAUACUAUUAGUAUGGCUGUUUCGAUACAAGUAAUAGUGAUUGAUUGUGCUGUUCCACUUCGCCUAAUGUAGUAGAGACAGUCAAACUCCACUUUCGUUUUAUUUGGGGAUGAACAAAAUAUUUUUCCUCCUAAUUUACAACUCACAUUUGGAUUUACAAAUUGCUUCAAAGACAAUUAAAUAAACCCUUGUUUUAGUUAUAUGGACCAAUUUUUUAUUUUUAAUAAACCUUGAAUGAAAAGCCAUGCAUGUAUUUCAAAUAUAUUCACAUUAGUCCGUUUUUGUUUAUCUGAGCACAGUUCUACAUUAAAUUAAAACUAUUUUUUUACUGUUGAUUUUUGUAAUGUUAAUUUUAUCUUUCGGGUAAUAAAUAUUUUGUCACCAGAUUUAUUUUUGUUUUGCUAGUUUUUAAGCAUGAAGUUAUUUUCUCAAACAAUUUUAGUGUUUUCAUAAUGUAUUGUUGUUCUAGAUAUUUCUUUUUCAUUAAACUUCAGUUCUAAAUUCAAACCCAAAUACGAUAUCCCGAAUUCUGGUUACUAUUGAUGCUGGUUUUACUGAAUUUUAUUUAAUUCUAAAACAAUAUUUGCCUCUUUAUUGUUACCUAUAGUCACCCUUGAAGGUUAUUUCAUCGUACUUUUCUAUCCACCUAAUUCCCUUCAUUCACCCAGAAACAUCCUUGUUCUCAUUCUGCCCACAGACAUUAUUAUUCAUUAUUUUCAAGCACUGAUGUAGACCAAGUGCCUACCAGUGAUUAUACACAUGACUGAUUUUUUUCCACCGAAAAACUUCAAAAUGUUUUUUUACAUCUACAAUUUUGUUGAUAACAGUUGAUGAUUUGAUUUGGCUGAAGAUCACCGAAUGAAUAGUGAGGAAUGACUAGGCUUUUUUAUUCCUUUGCUCUCUACUUGUUUUACACAUGAGCAGUCCUGUUCAUGUACCUUCAUCUGAUGGCAUGCGCUUACAACAAUAUUCAGUAUUCGUAGGGACUGAAUGCAAUACUUAGCAAAUAUGGGGCAUUGUUGGAAAUGUUAAAUUGAAACUUUGAAAUCCCUUCUACACAUAGCUUAUUUUCAAACUAAAUUUCUAACUUCGUAUGCCAAAUAUAAUGACAAGAUGACGGAAUGUUACGCCCGUAAUUCUAAACCAGAAUGUUUGGUAUUGUGAGAUAAUAUCGUUGUGAACUGGUAUAAAUAUGUCGGUUCAACCAGCUCUUUAGAGUUAAAGUAAAAUCUCAUUGUAUGAAAAUGUAAUAUUAUGUAUUUUAUUAAUAAAUGAGCAUCUGCUUACAGAAAA